ACUGUCCGGUCUUAAUCGUCCAAGUAAACCACAGCCACGAAACAACAACAGCUCCCGCUCCUCACGCACCCAGCCGCUCGAGCUUAACGGCACCUCGGAGCGGCGCCUGCGCACAGGUGUUUGCGCGCCUCCGUGCGGUGGAGGAGUCGGGGAGAGAGAGAGAGACAGACAGCCAGCAGGGCCCAGUGACUGACUUGACAUCGCUACCAUGUUACUCGCAGAGUCUGUCACCGUUCUCAGCACCGAGCGCUAAAAUCCGACCACUGGUUCUCCAGAGGGGGCUAGCAUUGAAAUGACAAAAGAAGACCCUUUUGUAGAACCCUCCAAUGAUGAGGACUCUGUGAGUGGAAGUUAUAGUACUGUAUCCUCAGAUUCUGAGAGGCCAGUUGUCCAUCCAGUAGUUUCAGCACCUAUGCCUACAGAUUGUGAAUUUUCCUUCUUUGAUCCACAUGACCCAGCAUGCAAAAGAAUCCUACGUGACCUUAAAACAACCGUUGCUGAAUUGUUUGCUAUCUUGCGUCAGUGGGUCCCACAAGUGCAGCAACAGAUCGAUGUGAUUGGGAAUGAGAUUCUGAAUCGGGGAUGCCAUGUGAAUGACAGAGAUGGAUUGACAGAUAUGACACUGCUACAUUACACCUGCAAAGCUGGAGCUCAAGGAAUUGGAGAUGCAGAGAUUGCUGCCAAGUUUGCUUCACAGUUGAUCGACAUGGGAGCUGAUGUCACUCUUCGUAGCCGUUGGACAAACAUGAAUGCUUUGCACUAUGCAGCUUAUUUUGAUGUUCCUGAACUAAUAAGAGUAGUUCUGAAGGAUGCAAAUGCUGGAGGUAUCGCUUCAGGAAACCUUGUAGACACAUCCAUUAUUGUCAAGGUGGAUGCCACUUGCAGUGAUUUCAACUUUGGAACAUCUCUGCACAUUGCAGCAUCAAACCUCUGCUUGUCAGCAGUGAAAUGUUUAUUGGAACAUGGAGCCAAUCCUGUCUUUAGGAAUGAUAAAGGGCAGAUGCCAGCCGAUAUUGUUCCUGACCCUUUGGAUAUGCCUUUGGAGAUGGCAGAGGCAGCAGCAGUUGCCAAAGAACUGAAACAGAUGCUCCUGGAUGCAUUACCGCUGACAUGCGACAUAUCAAAGGCCAUGUUGACAAACUAUGAUCACAUCUCAGGCAAGGCACUACUGAUGUCACUGGGCCUGAAGCUGGGAGAGAGAGUGAUGAUUGCAGGGCAAAAGGUUGGAACGCUACGAUUUUGUGGCACCACCGAAUUUGCCAGUGGCCAGUGGGCAGGGAUUGAGCUGGAUGAACCAGAGGGGAAGAAUGAUGGAAGUAUUUGUGGCAUUCGGUAUUUUAGCUGUCCCAUUAAAUACGGUAUUUUUGCACCGCUUUCCAAGAUUAGCAAAGUGCCUGUGGAAAAAAAGCGUUUGACAAGGAAAUCAUCAAGUAAAACAUCAACCCCUGUUCGAUCACAAAAAAUGGACUUGUCGCAUGUUACGUCAAAAGUUAAUACAGGUCUACCUCCUUCCAAAAAGUAUGUUCCAAAACACCCCGUACCAGCUCAGGACUUUACUAAACCUCAGGCUGGAACAGAAGGUUCUCUGCCUGGGUCAUUCUGCUCUUCAUCCUCGUCUACCUCUUCAAUAGAAAGCAGACAAUCCAAACAAAGGCAGCCACCCACACGACAACGGAAUUUGGCCAACUCAAAGAAGCUGGCAACUAAGCCAGCACCUGCCAUCACCAGGACCACCAUGGGUUUGCGGAAGCGAGCUCCAUCUGUUGGCAGCCUGGGCUGUGUAGAAACUGAUAAGACUGAAAUGCAAAUUGGAGAUCGUGUAGUUGUGGUUGGACAGAGGAGUGGAAUAAUACGAUUUUAUGGGAAGACGAGCUUUGCACCAGGUUAUUGGUAUGGGAUUGAGUUGGAUAAACCCAAUGGUAAAAAUGAUGGCUCUGUCGGGGGAAUACAGUAUUUCACAUGUCAGCCAAAACAUGGAGUGUUUGCACCCCCAUCAAGAGUUCAGAGGGUGACAGAAGCGCUGGAUUCCUUCUCAGAUAUCCCAACCAGUAAACUCAAUCGAUCAUUUAUAGGCUUCCAUCGAAGUUAUAGCACCCCGUCUGCUCUUCCAUCGCCAAGGGAGAUUAAGAGAAAGAACACUUCAAGCAGGUCAAAAAACACAGUCAUACGACGAAGCUGGAGCAGCACAAGCACCAAUGAGAGAAGCGUAAAGUUACAGGAAGGGUCACAAGUAUUACUGAGCAGCUCCAGUGAGAUGGCGACCAUUAAAUACAUUGGACCUACUGACUUUGCUCCUGGUCUAUGGCUUGGAUUAGAAUUGCGCUCACCAAAAGGAAAAAAUGAUGGUUCUGUGGGAGAGAAACGUUAUUUUACUUGUAAACCAAAUUACGGGGUUCUGGUACGACCAAGCCGUGUCACGUACCGAGGAAUUAAUGGCACCAAACUAGUGGAUGAUAUUUAUGGGUAAAAGAUUUGUUUGAGGUGAGAUAUAGGGCAAACGUAAGCAUACUGAAUUUAAUAUAUGCACUUAAGCCAGGAAUUUCCUCCACAUCUGUCCCACACAAAUAUACCCAUACUCUGGAAACAAAUUACAUGACUUAAAUGGUUGCAUAAUUUUGGACGUGAGUUACAUUUGUAACUACAAUAUGCACAAAUCUCCUUGAAAUUUUACAAUUUUCCAUCAAACCCGAUUUUCAGGCGCAUCAGGAAACGAAGUCAUUUAGUUUGUCUUUUAAAUGUAAUAUUUUUAGUAUUUUUUUAACAUUUACCUUCACUGAGAUUACUCUGUACUUUCUGCUCCCUUUAAUGUGUGCAUUGUAGUCUCAGAAAAGCUGCACUUCAUUAUAUAGUGGCAACAUAUACAAGACUAUCAUCUCUUCACCAUUUGAGAUGAAGCUCACUCAAUUUGUUCUAAAAAUAUUACCUUUUUCAAAUGUCUCACUCUUAAAAAUAUAUAUAAUUUCAUAAGGUGAAAUGGGUUUUCAAUCCAUCUCACUCAUUUGGAUCAUAAAUCUCACUUACAGUUCCCUGAAGGUGACCGGUCUGUAGGAAGACAUUUACAAGCAUUAUAUUAGAACUGGGAGGUUAUAACUCUCAGGAAAGACUAACAGGCUGGAGCUCUUUUCUGUAGUAAAGAGAAGGCUGAGGGGUGACCUGACAGAGGUUCUUAAAAUUAUAAAAGGAUUUUAUAGGGUAGACAUAGAGAAAAUAUUCCCACUUGUGGGGGAGUCCAAAACUAGGGGUUAUAAAUAUUAGAUAGUCACUAAUAAAUCCAAUAAGGAAUUCAGGAGAAACUUCUUUACCCAAAGAGGGUUAGAAUGUGGAACAUGUUACCACAUGGAGUUGUUGAGGUAACUAGCAUAGAUGCAUUUAAGGGGAAGCUAGAUAAAUAAAUGAGGGAAAAAGGAAUAGGAUAUGUUGAUAGGGUUAGAUGAAGCAGAGUGGGAGGAAGCUCAUGCAGAGCAUGAACACUGGUAUAGGCUGAUUGGGCCAAAUUGCCUGUUUCUGUGCUGUAAAUUCUACACAAUUGUAGUAAUGGCAUUUGACACUAGAAACAGAUUUGACCAUUCAUCCCUUCAAGCUUAUUCCAUCAUUCUAUGAGAUCAUGGCUAAUCUGUACCUCAGCUACAUUCGUUCCAUAUCCCUGAUUCCUUUACCUAAUAAAAUUCUAUCAAUCUUUUCAAGUGACCCACUAUUUUAGGGUGUAAGUUCCAGAGUUCCACAAUCCUUUGUGUGACUAAGUGCUUCCUAAUCUCACUGCUAAAUGACCUGGUCCUUAUUGUAAGAUUAUAUCCUCCUGCUCUAGAUUCCCCCACCUGAUGAAAUAGUGGGCUGGACUUAAUACUCCCCACUGGCAGGUUUGAAGGCAGAGAUGCAGGUUAAAUCCAGCAGGCGGCUUGUCCGCUGCCUACCUGCCUACCCCUGCCCCCACUACAAUUUUACCAGCCUGCCUGCCAGUGGGGUAAAUGAGGUCCAUAAGUGGGUAAUGAAUGCCCUCUUAAGGCCCUCAUUCUGCCAAUGCUGAGAUUAAACCAGCAGCAGGAGAGGUACAUGCCAAGCGGCCUGCCCGGCAAGGGGCUGGUGAUGGACAGGUGUGGGGGUCCCUCUUUAACUGGCACCUUGGGUCCUUUGAAGGCAGCCACCCCUGGUUCCCCUUCUCCCAUUGUUUCUCAAUUCAUGCCCUCCACCCACCUUCUCCCUGACCCCAAACACUUAACGAAGUUCUGAUCCAUCGCAUCAUGCCUCCUCAAGCCCCAAGUGCAGUACCGGCAAUGGCCAUGGCGGUGUUGCCAGCACUUGAAAGCUGCCAGCCUCUGAUUUUCGAACAGCUCUCUAAAGCAGGGCUUCAUGUCCCUCAGGGGUGGAAAUCCCACAUUCAGCCUAUUAACGGCUAAUCGGCUAUUAAAUGGCUGCGGGGCAGCUGUUGUUCUAGACGAGUUCACCCUGACCAUUUAGGCGGGGGUGAGUGUGGGGAUCACUGUGCUUCAUAUAAUUCAUCCCAGAUUUUCUGUAUCUACACUAUUGAAUCCUCUUGACAGUGAAAAAACCCCACUUAUAUAACCCAUGAAUCUUCUAAACUCAAGACAGUACAAGCUAAGUAAAAACAAUCAGCCCUCCUGAUUUAACUCUUUAAGGGCUGGUAUUAGAAUAGUAAACCUGUGCUGUUUUAUGGCAUAAAUUAAAAAGUGAAAAGCUUCCCAGAUUGCAGGCUCUUAAACAUGCUGAGCCUAAUAUGCAUGAAUGAUGGUUAAAUGAGUUGAAACUUUAAAUUUAAGACGCAAAGAAAAAAUAUACUGGCUUGAGUUCAGCGUUUGCCUGAGCCCCAGUUGCUUAUGAUAAUUUCUGCUGAUUUAUGCCCGUUUUACACCCGUGUUAGGUUUCACCAUAUCCUAAUGAGAUUUGGAGUUUAUUUGAACAUAAUCUUACAUCAGCAAAAUGGUUACAUCUUCAGGUUCAAUUUCGGGUACAAAUUCCACUUACACCCACAAGGAAACUCCAGGUCUUUGUAGCUAGCAAGAAAAUGAGAAAGGUCAGAAUGAAUGCAUAAAGAAAAUUUUUACAAUGCUGAUGAUAUGUGUGAAUAUGAUAGUAAUAAUUAUUCACAAAUGUACAAAUAAUCCAUGCAGUUUGUUGCACUUCACUGAAGGUAAUAUUCUUGCUUUUACCUGAACCUUAAGAGACAUCAGUAUCAGAUUUAUAUAUAAAAAACAUUUGUAUUACAGGUUAGUAACUUUUAGCAUAUAAUGUUUCAUUACAUGAUAGUACCACAGAAUAUCUACUGUGUAGCGUGCGUGAAAUAUCUGAAAGCACAAGCAAAAUGUUACUUCGUAGUUAAGUCUGACAAGGAUUUUUUUGUUCCUUAUGCACUUUCAACCAUUCAGUGGAUGUACAGACGCACGCAUGCACAUACACAGACCUUUCAUACUAACCGCUGACUUACAGUUAUAGCAUUCUUUCAAAACAAUGCAGUUAUAUACAGUGCUGAUCUUACCACAUUUAACCCAAAACCCACCAUUAUAAAAGUUACUGUAAGGAAAAGUGGUUCAAGCUCAAUGUAGGGCAAAACAAAAUGUGAUGCACUUUGAAGUUUUUAAUACAUAAUGUGUAUAUAUAUUUAGAAUUUUUUUCGGAAAGAAGGGUGUUAUUUUUGAAUAUAAAUGUUAAAGUAGGUUAUGCUUUUAUAGUUCACAGUACAAAGAAUGUUUCUUAACGGAAAUGUACUUGUGAUAAGUAAAAUGGUCUUUUUGUCUAUUUAUUGCUAUUAAAUAAGCAGCAUGAAAACAGAAAAUGCUGGAAACACUCAGUAGACUAGGCAGCAUCUGGGAAGAGAUUGUAACCUGAUCUAAAUUAGCAGUAUCAUCUCCUGUAAAUGCUGAAAAGCUAACGUCAUUAUCCCAGCUAUAUUGGGUGAUAAGAGAUUGUAACACUGACGCAUUAGUGAUGCAUUUACUUUACCUGCCAUUAGCAGGAGCCCCAAUGGCAGUUUUAUAAGGUAAGCAAGUCAGCAAUAAGAUUCCCCGAAGAGAUAAUUUUCACUUUCAUAUGGAGCAAUGCUGUGAUAGCCAUGUAAAUACUGUAGUUGCUGGCUAUCAUUUCUUGCUGUGGAAAGGUUUGAAUUAAUUUCCAGGAAAGAUUUUACAAUAACUGAACCUGAACAAGCUUGUUAGUGUUUCGAGUCGAAUAUGACUUCUUCUGAAGAAGAGUCAUAUUCGACUCAAAACAUUAAUUCUGUUUCUCUUGCCACUGAUGCUGCCAGACUUGCUGAGUGUUUCCAGCAUUUUCUUUUUAUCUUUCAUAUUUCCAGCAUUUGCAGUAUUUUGCUUUUAUGAGCAUGUUUGUGCAAUUUUAUUGCCUUUUAUUUUAUCUUUUUCUUUCAUUUUGGUAGCAAUGGUUAGGGAAAUCUUGUACAGAUGAGUGGUAGUGAAACCCCUUCACACAUGUACCAAGGAGUGCAACUUCCCUUUAAUCAGUUAGCCUGACAAAUGGCAAUGAUUAUUUGUCACCUCUACUUUGGAUGUUAUCACCAUUUGAGUUCAUGUUGCAACCAGAAGUAGUACUACCGUUGCACUAAUAUUAUAGAACAGGCAUAAACCUACUCUAUACUAUUCAUAUGUUAUUAAUUUUUUAAAAAUCAGCAUUUAUCAGAAUCUGGUAUACCAGUAGUAUAUAAAUGUAAAGCCAUUAAUUCAGUCCAAUAAUAUGCAAAAUAAAUCUGACUAGCUUCUAUUUUAA